CACGCCCACCAAGCGCGCGCGUCAGUCAGUGCGCGACAGGAAGCGACAGAACACAACACAAAUAAAUAAACAUAGUAGAGAAGAGCGGUCGGGAAAUUCAACAACAACAACAACAACACAACCUCUUUAACACCGUGUUUCAGGUCGUGAGGGCAGCGCUGUAAUUCGGCCAUGACCGGGCUCAUGUCGGCCGGUUUCGGGAGAUUCACUCACGCCGUGAUACGCGCCAUGCCGGCGUCGUUCGCCGAGCGAGCGCUCCGGAGCGGCGCGGGGCAGGUGGACCAGGCGCGCGCGCAGCAGGAGCACGACCACUACGUCGACGUGCUGAGGAACCGGCUCGGUCUGGAGGUGCUCGAGCUUCCCGCCGACGAGGCUCUGCCGGACUGCGUGUUCGUGGAGGACGCGGCGGUGGUGUGCGGAGACACCGCCCUGGUCACCAGACCCGGAGCCGAGAGCCGCCGCGGAGAGACCGAGGCCAUGAAGAACACCUUGAAAGAACUUGGCCUGAACAUUGUGGAGAUGACCGAUGAAUCGGCUACGCUGGAUGGAGGAGACGUUCUUUUUACAGGUCAAGAGUUUUUCGUGGGGUUGUCAAAAAGAACCAAUCGAAGAGGGGCAGAGAUCCUAGCAGACACCUUUAAAGACUAUGCUGUGUCCACUGUGCCACUUAAGGAUACCCUGCACCUGAAGAGUUUCUGCAGUAUGGCAGGUCCAGGACUUAUUGCUAUUGGUUCCAGCGAACCAGCCCAGAAAGCCUUAAAGACAAUGGAGCAGAUGAGUGAUCAUAAAUAUGAUAAACUCACACUUCCUGACGAUGUUGCCGCAAACUGUGUGUACAUGAACCUGCCCGGUAAAGGCCAUGUCCUGCUGCACUGUACGCCGGAGGAGUACCCAGAGAGUGCCAAGGUGUUUGAGAGGCUGAAGGAGCACAUGCUCAUCCCCAUUCCUAACCUGGAGGGGGCGAAGGUGGACGGAGCGCUCACAUGCUGCUUGGUUCUCAUCAACAAGCCAGCCAAGGUCUAAAGGGCCGUACCGAGUGCACACUUAAACCCUGCACCAAUGCCUUUAAAGUAGGAUGUCUGGACUGCUUUGCUGUGUUAUGGGAUUAUUAUGGGAGGAUCGGAGGCUAACUCAGGGGUCUAGUCCCAAAUUCAACAUAUUAACUCCCCUUGAAUAGUUGCUAAAAAAAAUCUCAAGACCCUACAGUUACCAGGUCGAUUGUACAGUGAGCAUGUCACACCAAUUCCUGAAAAUUUUCAAUUUGCUCACUUAUACUUAAACAAAACAAGAUGCAUUAGCACUGGUCUAAUACAGCAUAUAGGUUCUGAACCACUAUUGGAUAAGAAUGCUUACACAUGUUGUGCGGAAACAAGGGUGGUGUUGAGAUUUGAAUUCACAACCUUCCCUUUGGUUUCCCAAUGCCUUAAACACUGAGCCACCACUGCCAGCUAUUAUUGCCGAGAUGCCAACUUAUCUGUAGCAUUUAUGAUUUUUGGCUUCUUUCUACAGCGAUACGUGAGACAUCUAAAAACUAUACAUUCUAUAAAAUUCACACAUAACAGACCAAUAACAAUAUAAUUUAAUGGUGGAAAAACAAUUCACUUAAGGGAAAAAAACACGAUUCAAAGAUGGGAAAGAAGAGCAUUUGCUUCUGGCUACUUUCGAUUCAGUAAAAAAUAAUGGGAGAGCUGCAUAUAGUGGGGGAAAUAAGUAUUGAAUGUGUCAACAUUUCUUGAGUAAAUAUAUUUCCACUGGGGUUAUUCACAUGAAAUUUUCACCAGACAUCAGUAUUAACUCAAGAAAUCUGGAAAUAUAAAGAAUUCACAACAUUAAAGUCCAUAAAUAAAGUUAUGUGUAAUAAAGUGGAAUGAUACAGGAAAAAAGUAUUGAACACACUAAGAAAAAGCAGUUCUCCAAGCUAAGGCAAGGAAAAGGCUGAAAUCCAUAAGUAAUUACACCCCCUAUCUGUGCAAAUUAAUAUCAGCUGGGUUAGUAAAUUGAUGGUCUAUAAAAAGGCUUUUCGUUUCCAAGGUGUCACACAAGAAACAUCUCAUGAUGGGUAAAAGCAAAGAGCUCUCCCAAGACCUUCACAACCUUAAUAUUGCAAAACAUAUUGAUGGAAUCGUAUGCAGACGUAUUUCAAAAAUUCUGAAUCCUCCAGUGAACACCAUCAGGAUCAUUAUCCACAAGUGGAAGCAACAUCACUCCGUCAUCAACCGGCCACGCACAGGAGCUCCUCACAAGAUUUCUGACCAGGGAGCCAGAAGAAUAGUCAGAAGAGUAGCCCAAGAGCCAAGGACCACUCGGAAAGAGCUCCAGAAACACUUGGAGGCAACAGGUGCCAUCGUCACAGAGAAAACAAUAGGCAAUGCUCCACUGCUCACGCUCACCCCACAAGACUCCAUUACUAAAGAAAAGGCAUGUCGAAGCUCAUUUAAAGUUUACUACCACUCAUCUGGACAAGCUUAUGAAAUACUGGGAGAGUGUGGUCUGGUCAGACGAGAGCAACAUGUUUGGAGAAGAAAUGGCACUGCACAUCACCAUAAAUACACUACACCAACAGUGAAGUCUGGAGGUGAAGCAUCAUGGUGUGGGGCUGUUUUUCAUCACAUGGUACUGGCAGACUUCAUAUAAUUGAAGGAACGAUGAAUGGAGCCCUUUACCGGGAGAUUCUUGAGAAGAAUCUGCUGCCAUCCACCAGGAUGAUGAAGAUGAGACGUGGGUGGAGCUUCCAGCAGGACAACGAUCCAAAGCAUACAGUAAAGGAAACUCUCAAUUGGUUUCAGAGAAAAAAAUGAAGGUGUUAAAAUGUCCCAGUCAAUCACCUGACUCCAAAUCCAAUUGGACAAGAUUUAAAGACAAUAUGUUUAGAAGAAUGGACCAAAAUCACACCUGAAUACUGCGGCCCAUUAAUUUCUUCAUACAGGAAGUGUCUUGAAGCUGUCAUAACAAACAAAGACUUCUCCACAAAGUAUUAAAUACAUUUCAGUUAGUGUGUUCAAUACCUUUUUCCCGUGUCAUUCCUCUUUAUUAAACAUAACUUAAUUUAUGGAAUUUAAUGUUGUGAAUUCUUUAUAUUUCCAGAUUUCUUGAGUUAAUACUGAUGUCUGAUGAAAAUUUAAUGUGAAUAACCUCAGUGGAAAUAUAUUUACUGAAAUAAAUGUUGACUUGUUCAAUACUUUUUUCCCCCACUGUAUCAUUGAGUAGUACUCACACUGGACUUUUAGCUAACUUUACCUCACAAGAAGCUGUCUUAUUCACCAAUAUGUUCUAGGGCUUUUGUGAUAAACUUUGUUUUUUCUCUGCGCCUGAUAGGACUUCUUGUUAGGAAUAUUGGAAGGUCUGUAAAUUUCAAAAUGGGAGUGGUGCAUUCAUAUUACAUUCCACAACUCUGAAAAAUGCAGCCUGCCCAAAAAACCCUGAAGAAAGAAGCCAGAAGUGAGCAAAAGUGUGAAUGGAACACAGCCUAUGAUUUAGCCUCCUGUUAUGCCAUGUCCAACACACCCAGUGACUCCCAGUGCAAUCCUUUACAACAAUUACUUCCUAAUCCUGUUCAUCCUGGGAGUAGAGGUGCGAUAAGAGCAAAAAAGAUUUGUAGGCCACGGGAAGCAGACCAGACAGAUUUUAAACUCAGCCCUUUGUUCUAGUGUCCUUAAUUCAAUUCAACUUAGUGCAUUUCAACAUAGAAAAGAAAUUGCUGAACUCAGGAGUACACGGGCCUAGCAAGCCUGCAGCUUGAAAAGCAUCACAGAGAUUAUUUCAACCUUGUUUGUUUGCAGGUGUGAAGGUGUGCAUACGUACGAGCCCAAAUUCCUAAUUGUUUACAAUCCUUUAAAAAGCCACUAGAAGACCCUGCCACUGUUCCUGCUGUUUUUCUACAAUCACUAAAGUCAACAGAGAUUUUCAGUAGCCAAUAAAGAGCUCUUGCGAUGACCUCA